UCCUCCCAGCUUCGCCGCGCAGAACCCUAGACAAAAGAAAAAUCACUUCCGAAGCCAUGGGGGCCUCCACCGCCCAGCCUCCGCCGUCCUCCGCCGCCGCGCUCCCGUCGACCGCCGACUCCGUCCAGCUGUCUCCGGCGUCUCAGAAAAGGAUUGGAAAGCUUGCCGACAUGGUUCAGGCAACCCUCGCCAAGUUGGGACCUACCAAUGGAAUGCCUGCAUCCCAUUCCCGAAGUAGCAUCGAGAAGCAACUUAGCAAGUUAUUCCCAACUUUCCAGACUCCCGAUCACCCUACCUAUGCCUUGAUGAUUCGCAGGGCAAUUGAGGAACUAAAUGAGGAAGGGGGAUCUAGUGAGGAAUCGAUAUCUAAAUUCAUUAAGGAAGAAUAUCGGGAUUUGCCAUGGGGACACGCCAGCUUGUUGAGUCAUCAUCUAAAGAAGCUCAGUGAAUGUGGGGAGAUUAUUUCUGCUUCUAUGAACCAUUACACUUUACCAUCCGGUGACAACAAUUUCUCGGUACCUGGUCGGAGGGAUAAAAGUAAGAGAGGUGGCCGGCUAAGGAGCGAGAGAGAAAAGUUACCCAAAAAGAAAGAUGCAUUCUUCGAGAAAGAGAAUGUUGGAGUAGGGGAUAGAAGUAAGCAGCAAGGUUUUGUGAUUCAAGUUACCAACCCGCCGAAGAAAGCUCUCCGGUCAUUUAGGGGGACUGAGGGCAAAGAUCAGUCUCAGCAUCAACAAGUUCAGCUAAAUAGACUACAGGAGCUGGACAUGAUGAAAGAAGGAAGAAUAGGGGUUGAAGCAAAUGAAGUACCACAUGAAGCACAUAUGCAGGAAUGCGAAAGAAUUGAGGUCUCGGAGAAAGCACGAGAGGGAAUCGUUCAAGCGAUUGAAGAAGAAAAACAUGAAUGCCAACAAUCCAGAGCAGUUCAGCUGAAAGAGAAACAUCUUCAACAGCGUGAAGUACAUGAAGAAUCCAGAGCCCCAGAGCAGGAAAAUGAAGUAACUGAAAAUCAAGCUCAAUCGCGUGAGCAGCAUGACAAAGAUCGUAGUCAAUCAGUUGUUCACAAGGAUGAAGCUCAAAAACAAAUUGAUGCGGUUGUUGUGGAGCAGAAUUUACGACAUCAAACCCAGGAUAACAAAGCCAUGGAAGAAGAACAUUCAGGACAAGAACUUGAUCGGAAAUUAGUUGAACAGGAUAAAAGAAAUGAAAGGCGACUUCAAGUCAUCAAGGAGCAUGACCUACAAGAUCAACAGAAUGAGGUCCUUGGCGUAGAACUCCAGAUGUUGGAAAAAGAGAUAGCAGGGAUGGAAGAGCUUACUAAUCACCCGAGGCAACCAAUUGAAUUGGCUGACGAAAAUGUUGUCGCGCAAGAAACAUUAAUUGAAUCGAGCGACAGAAGUACUGAUGUUUGCACUGUGCAGGAGCAGCUACAGGAGAAACAAGGGGAGAUUCUCUCUAUUGUGGUCAGACCGGAUCCGCUUCCUCAUACUCCUACUUUUGAGGAAGUAGGUCCAUCACAUAUUUCCAAGGAGAAGUGUAUAGAUUUGCUAAAGCGGAACAAAGAGAUUGAGGGUCGGCUCAUGGCAAUUUUUGAAUCUUGGAAUGCAAUGGAGUCAUCAACCCACAUUUCUCGGCAGAAUCUGUUGGUGGAAGGCAAGAAUCAUGAAGCUUUAGAGGGGCAAAUGUUGACGAGUGACAUUGGAGAAAUAGAAAUUUUCACACAGAUGUGCCAGCAAGAAGGGAUUCAUACUCAAGUGAAGGCACCAAUAUUCAAUAUGAAGAAACAAGUGGAGCUUUCUAGUUCCAAGAGGCCACCAGAGGUUGAAGCAGCAGUAUUGCACAAUCAAUCUCUGAGGGAGAAGCAACCAAAGCUCUCUGACAAUGACUUACCCAGAUCACUGGAAGUUGAACUGGAGGCAUUAACAACUAAUCUUACUGUGGACAAGUCCGCUGGAUCUGGUUCAAUAACUACUGGUGCCUCUUUUGAUGUCCCACUCGUGGAUUUAGGGAAGUUUAAGAAGGUCCGAGAAACCGAAAUUUCUGAUCCUAAAUAUCAUGGUGAAGUUUUUAGUCAGCAGAAGACACCUGAGUCUCAGUCAGAUGCUGCCAUUAAUGCACGAGAGGAUGCACAGGCCUAUGAGCAAGCACAAUUAUUAGAACCUUCAUAUGAAGGAAAACCUUCACAGGUUAGAUCGCCAUUGGAAGAAGCACCUGCUUUGCCAGAUGGACCUGUGGAUUUGGAGCACGGUGAGAGAAGCCAAACUUCAUACCAGCUCGAUGGGGAGAGGCAGCAAGAACUUUCUGUUCAUGGCCAUGUGGUGGUGCCAGAAGCAGCCAAAUUUAUGCCUCCGGGUCAGACUCAACUGCAGAAUCUUGGACAACAGCAGCCAGCGAAAUUACAGCCUUGGGGACAAGGCUUCUUGAAUGUCAAAGGAAAUGGCGCUUCUGCCUUUAAGAUGAAGUCAAUAUCACUACAGAGCGAGCAACUGAGUCCUGAACGGCAUGAAUUCUCUGAAUCCCAAACAAGUUCUGUAUCUGCCCCUGUGGUUGGACUGCCUGCAGCAGUGCAUCAUGAGCAGGUGCAGAAUGAACUGCGACGAGAAAAAUUUCUUCCUCGGGAUUUUAAGCUUCCUCCUUCCAAAGCAUCCGCACUCCCUUUAAUUACUGGGCAAGAGAACGAGGCAAACGAGAAAAGCAGGCCGAUCAGGUGCUAUGGCCUAGAGUUAUUUGACCGUGAAGCAGUUGCUCCUUUCACAUUUCUGCGGAAGUCCUUGCAGCCAGAGCAGCAGAAACCCCUCCAAUCUGAAAAGAUGGCUACAAUGGCUAAAAUGUUACUUCUUCGGCAUAAACAGGAGCAGCCAUGCGAGCUUAAGCGAAUUAAGAACCAUUUGCAGCAAGAUGAGCCAAAGCUUCAAAUUGAAGAACCGGAAUCAAAUCAUCGGGUGUCCAAAAUGAAUUUGGAGAUUCUGCAAGAGGCAGUGGACAUUCCACAGCAACCGCAGCAUCGGAAAAGCAGGAGGAACACUAAACUGCAAAUGUUACGACAACAAUCAUCGUCGUACAAGAACAAAUUGCGCCCUCGAGCGUCAGAGCCCAUUCAAGUCGAUCUUGGCUUAGAUAGAUUACCUGCAGAUUUGUUGCCAUUAAAUCAUGAGACUGCUGUCAAGGCUGUUGUGCAACCACAGAUUGUGCGACAGGGACAACCACAGCUUAAAUGCUGUGGGAGGCCUCCUAAAACCAAGCAGCAGGGACAACCGGAGAUUAAACGUCUUGGGAGACCUCCUAAAUUAAGAUCAGAUGAGGAUGGAGUUGUCGGGACCUCUCCUUUAGAUCAGCAUCAUCAACAAUCAUGCGGUCCAGUCCUAGGGAAACCUCACAAACGGAAAGCCGGUGAUGCUACAUUUGAAGGAACCUUGCCUUCUGAUGCUACAUACGAAGGAACCUUGCCUUCUUCCGAGCAUGCACAGAAGCGGCAUCUUGGAAGACCACCUAAAGCCCAACCUGUUUUACAUGCAGGACUUUUUGAUCUGACAGAAAUUGAUAAAUCGCAGAGAGUCGAGCUUCCAUCUGGUGCUUCGAACCGGCAGGUCGCGGGUGGAGAAAGAAUCAAGAAGCCCCCUGAGUUGGUGUGUGCACCUCUACAAGUUCAGGGUGAAGGGGAACUCCCGGUGUAAGGUGCAUGUUGUCGUGGACCCAGUCAAGCAACCUCAUGGGCGAGGUAGCGGCCAGCGCAGUGGUCACAAAAAGCACCUGUCAGGCAUGAGGCUCCACCUCCAGCCAGAAGGUCGAUCUCAACGCUUGUUGGAGGACUAGUCGGGUGUAGAGGCCAAGAUGCCGCAGGUGGUUGCUAAGGCCUGAUAAGAGUGCUUAAAGGGAUAUUUAUAUAUGUGUGUAAUUUGCCUCUUCCAUUGCCCUGAUUUGUCUUAUAAAGUCCGUUGCCUGUGGAUGUGCUUUAAUUUGGGAGUUUUGCUUUGUAAAGAAAGUAUCGGAUUAGUCUUCGACAUGUUAGCUUUGUGUAUCUGUUAUUUACCAUCCGGACCGAGUUAUUCUUUUUUGCUUUUAAGUUGUCAUGCUACAAUUGGCGGAGAGCGUCCGUGUGGGUGCGUCAAUCGGGCACUGUAUCGACAUAUGUGGCAGUGGCACCACAAAGGCACAGUUUAGGAAGGGUCUCUGUAUCUCUGUUACUGUUUUAGUUUAGAAGAUGGAAUGUUUCAGUCAA